UGCUGCUAUAAAUUGCUGCCAGCAGUGCUGCACCAGGCUCAGCUCCAGUAGAGCAGGGGAGACAGGAUGUUUACCUGCAUCUAGCACCCCAUCAGGCACGAGCACAGGAGGAGGAGAAGAGAAGCAGGCAGGAGAAGGCAGUGUCAGGCAUCCUGGUUGCAGGGCCAGCAUGGUGUCUCUGCUGGACAGCAUAGCCAGACCUUCUGCUGUCUUUCUGCAGCUGUCUGUGGUGCUUGGUGUCAUCUUCGUGCUGCUGAAGGUGGCCCAGUUCUACUGGGAGAGGAAGAAACUCAUCAAAGCUCUGGAGGCAUUCCCUGGUCCACCGAAACACUGGCUCUAUGGCCACAAUCAUCUGAUAACUACAGAUAAAAUAUUAAAUCAGAUGGUGUCAUGGGGAGAAGAAUACCCUUAUGCUUUUCCCAGAUGGCUCGGACCAGUCCUGCCUUCUCUUGUAAUCCACCAUCCUGAAUAUGCCAAAAGCAUACUUGGUCGAACAGAUCGCAAGCCCAAGGUACCCUACAAAUUCUUAGUUCCCUGGAUUGGGCACGGGCUGUUGAUCUUGGAUGGAACCAAAUGGUUCCAGCAUCGGAAGCUGCUCACCCCAGCCUUUCAUUACAACGUGUUGAAAUCUUACGUGGCCCUGAUGUCAGACUCAGUCAAAGUGAUGCUGGAUAAAUGGGAAAAGAAGAACACAGAGAGGAAGUCAGUGGAGCUCUUUCAAGAUGUCAGCUUGAUGACACUAGACAGCAUCAUGAAAUGCGCCUUCAGCUGUAAUACCAACUGUCAGACUCAGAGCAACUCAGACUAUUAUAUCAGAGCUGUUUAUGACCUGAGCUACCUUGUGAGCAAUAGAGUCCAAAAUUUUUCUUACAAGGAUGUCUUCUAUAACUUGACUCGCAAAGGCUGUGACUUUCGGGAUGCCUGCAAGCUGGCCCAUAGCCACACAGAUAAGGUAAUAAAAGAGAGAAAGAUGUUGCUUUCCAGUGAGAAGGAACUUGACAAGAUCCAGAAGAAGAGAAACCUGGAUUUUCUGGACAUUCUUCUCUGUACCAAGGAUGCAAAUGGAGUUGGGCUAUCUGAUGAGGACCUGCGUGCCGAGGUGGACACCUUCAUGUUUGCGGGUCAUGAUACCACGGCCAGCGGGAUCUCCUGGCUCCUGUACUGCCUGUCAUUAUAUCCAAAGCACCAGCAGCGGUGCAGGGAGGAGAUCCAGGGGAUCUUGGGAAACCGAGAUACCAUUGAGUGGGAGGACCUUGGAAAGAUGACUUACACCACAAUGUGUAUCAAAGAGAGCUUGCGCCUGUUCCCACCAGUUCCUUCUGUGUCCCGAUACCUCUCUAAAUCUGUCACAUUUUCCGACGGACGCAGCUUGCCAGCAGGCUGCCAGGUUGGACUGAAUAUAUUUGCUAUCCACAGGAAUCAGGAUGUGUGGGAAGACCCUGAGGUGUAUGAUCCCCUGAGGUUUUCUCCAGAGAACUCAGCACAGAGGCACUCCCACGCUUUCCUGCCUUUUUCUGCUGGAUCCAGGAACUGCAUCGGGCAACAGUUUGCCAUGAAUGAGAUGAAGGUGGCUCUGGCCCUGACCCUGCUCCGCUUCGAGCUCUGUCCCAACCCAUCCAAGCCUCCCACACUGAUACAGCAGAUCAUCCUCAGGUCCAGCAAUGGGAUCCACGUGCAUUUGAAGAAGAUUCACUGACUGUGUGGGGUACCUUGGCGGUGGGCAAGCGCUUUCCCAUGGACAACCCUCCACCCAGAAGUUUAAGAGGGGACACCAGACAGACCCACAAUGGCCACCUCAGACAUCUCCCGCAUUAACCUCCCUCCCUGCUGCCAUCCGGGGGGCAUGCUGAGCCCCCACCACGCACACCCCAACCCCGCAGAUCCAGGUCCCACCCUCGCAUGGGGAACAGCACUGCCAAGCAGGUUUUGCAGCACAGCUGUGGCUCAGCCUUCACCUCUGCAGGCAUCCUCCAUGUCCUACACAUCGCCUCACCUCCAACCUGCCCUUGCACACUGCCUGGUGGGACUUUUGUCACCUGCCUGUGUAUUUGCAGCAUUGCCAGUUACCUGCUUGGGCAAGAUGGUGGACACCACCAGUGCAGUUUGCACAGGUGUCUAAAGCCUGGACACUACCUGAGUACAAUGUCCCUGCCCUGCCUCCAGCCUGGGUGUGCCAGGGCAGGAGAACGCCUCCCUGCAGUCACACUGCAUUCCCACACACCACACUCUAAAUUAUUCCCCCUAACCUGUUCUGGGGCUGGUGCUGUGCCUGCCGCUAUGGAGACAAAGGCCAGUGGGUUUUUCUGCCCCAGCGCUGAACUUCCUUGAGCUGAGGGUGUUCAGGAUCCAGCACAGAAAAGUGUCACCAGCUAACCUGGAGAAAGCACUCACCACGCUGAAAACAAUCAGCAUUGUCCUCCUCUUUGAAACAAGAAUAAAGCCUUGUGCACAUGCUCCCCAA